UUUGCCAACUGGUCAUGAUAUUGUCAAUUGCUAAAUAAUGCAAUUUAUUUAUUGUUUACAUCGUUCUGUUCACAAAAUAUCAACGACAUAUACUUGUAUGUGAUAUGUGACUCUAACACCGGUUGAAAAUAUGUCGUGGCUUAACUUAAAUCAAAGUUUAAGUAGUUUAAAGGGGCAGAUCACAAAUUUCGCUACAGAAGUGUUAGCUGAAGGUGUAUCAGUAAAUAAUGAUGAGGAACCUUCUAGAACAGAUACAUUGACGAAGGAACUAGAAGAAAAAUGCCAUAAUCAAGAGCUGGAGAUUGCUUCUCUAAAGAAGAUCAACGAAGAACUCCAGGCUUCUUUGCAAUCCGAGAGACUCUCAAAACGAAAUGGCGUUAAAGAAGAUGAAUCCAGUUGGUAUUGGGACCCACCACCCCAAUCUUCGAAAACAAUCGAUCAUGACAUUGAAAAACAAUACAAACUACAAAUACAAGCACUACAAGAUGAAAUAUCCGCCAUAAAAGAUUGUUCUACGGUUGAAAAAGGAUCUGAUAAUGAUGAAGAACUACACAGAUUACGGGAAGAAAAUAAAAAUCUAGCUAAUAGUCUAGAAGAUUUAGAUAGCCAACAUCAGGCUGCUAUGGAAAAGCUACUAACCUUAAAAAAGGAGUUGCAAAAGAACUUUGAGCUAUUAAAACAAGAACACGAAGAUAUGAAGAAUGCGAAUGAUGAUUAUUCAGCUGAAGUUAAACAGUUAAUGGCAAAAUUAGGAGAAAGGGAUGAGGAAAUUGAACGAAUGAAAACAUCUCAUGAGGAUUAUGAAACGUUGCAACAUAAAUAUCAAAAUCUGGAAAGGAUACACAGCCUGUUAAGAGAAAAUGCGGAAAAGUUCCAAGAAGAAAAUCAAAAGCUUCACGAAGAAGUGUUUAAAUUACAGGAACAAGUUACAGAACUGGAACAUGCAAUUGAGAUUGCGACGAAAGAAUCUGAAAUGUCAGAUAUGGUACCAAAAGAAAAAUAUGAAGAAUUACAGAAAAAAAUAAAUGAAUUACAAGAAAGACGAAAUACAAAUCAAAUUCACAUGGAUGAAAUAAAUAUUGAUGACAAUGCAAAGAGCGUUAUAGAAACAUUGAAACGGGAUAUUAAUGAUCUUAAACACAAAUUAGAGCAAAAGGAAAGCGACGAUACAAACACUAAUAAAACAAUAAAACCAGAAAAAAUAAUGCAGCUUUACAAUCGGUAUGUGAAUUUUGAUCUACCUGUCGAUUAUGUUGGAGAAAUACCGUCGUCUACAGAUAACAUAGUCUUAUUCAAAUUGGAAAGUGUGUUUAAAACUAUAAAUUCUUUCAAGAAAGAUAUAGAUACGUUCGAGCAAAAGUUAUCAGAGAAAAAACUUAACAUUAGUCAUUUGAAAACGCAAAUAGAAGAUUUAACUACUGAAAAUGAGUAUUUGACAACAGAUAUACAACACUUUGAAAGUGAAUUGGAUGAAAUGAAAAAGAACAAUGAUUUUCUUAUUUCGGAAAUAGCAGCUUUGAAAAAUACGUCAAAACUAGAACCGAUAAUAGAAUCGCAUGAAGAUAAUUUGGUUAAAUUGGAAAGUGAACUUGCUGAUUGCAACAAAAUGAACAAAACAUUUGAAUCUGAAAUCAAACGGAUAGAAACGGAAUUGUCUGAAGUAAGAAAAGAAAAAAUAAUUCUACAAGAAAGUUUAAAUGAUCUACGGAAAAAAUAUACGACGAUGCUUAAUGAGUUAGAAACUUGCAAGAACGAGACGAAAGCUGUUGAAGAGUUAGAAAAUACUGCAAAUGUUACCCAAAAUGAGAAGCUAAUAAAAGCUUGUGACGAUAUUGACGACUUAAGAAAACGUUUGAGUAAUGCCAGUUCCAAAAAUGAACAAUUAUCUAUAGAUUUACACAUUAUUGAAAACGAUAAAGUUUUAUUGUUGAAAGAGAUUGAUGAACUCAAAGUGUUAUUAUCAGAAAAAUCUUCGUCACACAAAGAACUAGAAUCGUUGAAAGCAGUUUUAGAUCAUAAACUGAAGGAUGUAGAAAUUAAACUCGAUGCCUUACUUAAACACAAGCAAGAAAUAGAGAAUGAUAACUUCAAUUUAACAGAAAAGGUAAAAACACUUGAAGCUACUUUAAAAAGUCAAGAUGAAAUUGAUACUAUUAUCAAAGAAAAAACCGAGGUAUUAGCUAGACUCGAAGUACUGCAAAAUGAAAAUACAGAUCUAUCGAAAAAUGUAAAUGACUUAAAUAAUGAAAUAUCAAAUUUAAGACGAGAACGGGAAGAUUUAAUUAAUGAUAACAAUUCUCUUAAACAAAAUCACUUUAGUGAAUCUGAAAUUAUAUCUGACUUGAAAGAUAAGAUUAAUGAACUUAAAAUUAAAGUUGAUGAAUUUGAUGCAUUAAAUAUUCAGUUUGUCGCUCUCAAGUCAGAACACCAAAUUGUUCUUGAAAAGAAAUUACGACUUGAAGCUGAAUUAUCAAAAACGGACGCAAAAAUUCUGCACUUUGAAUCAGAAUUUGAUAAACUUAUAACUGAUUUGAACGAAAAAGAUUCCAUUAUUGAUACAUUAAAUAGUACGUUAGCCCAAAACAACAUUACCGUAACAAAUCUUAAUCAAAGCGUAAGUGAACUUCAAAGUAAUUUAUCUGUUAAGAAUGAAGAGAUUGAACGUCUUCAAAAAUCAUUACAGGAAGUGACUGAAAAAUUAAACAGCACAAGCAUAAGCUCGAACCACAGUCACGAAGAGUUACAGAAAUUACAUUCUGAGAAAGAAGAAGUCAAUAAACAACUAUAUGCAUUAAACGAUGAGAUUGUUUUGAAAAAUGCUGAGAUUUCAAAAUUAACAAAUAAGCUCGAGGAAAUUGAAAAAACUAACUCUGAUUAUAAAUUUAGUAUAGAGGGAAAAGAUAAGGAAAUCAAAGAAUUACAACAAUCUAUCGUCGAAUUAACAGAUAAAAUAAAUACAGUUAGUACGCCGAUUCAAAAUAAUGACAGCGGCAAAUUGUUAGAAGAAAAAAAUGCUAUUGAGCAGGAAUUAAACGAUCUAAAAAAUAACCUUACGUUAAAAGAAAGUGAAUUAUUAGAAACUAAAAACAAAUCACAGUUCUUUGAAAAUCAAUGUAAAGAAUAUCAAGCUAUUAUAGAUAAAGAAAAUACAGAAAAAGCGGAAUUAAUCAAUUUAGUUAGUCUUAAACAUAAUGAGAGCUUACAGUAUCACGGAGAAAUCCAACGGCUUAAUAGAGUAAUUUUAGAACAAACUAAUGAAUUUAAAAGAAUGCUCGAUGAGAAAGACGCUUUAAUAAGAAAUCAUUCCGAUAGUUGCCUUAACUGUGAUAAGCUGAUAGUAACAAUUAAAGAGAAAGAUGAAAUAAUCAUGUCAUUAAACCAAAAUUUGACUGAUCAUGAAACACUGAGAGCAGAAUUGAUAAAUGCAAAGGACACCGUAGUAAACUUGACGAAGAAAUGUGAAGAUUUAGACAAGAGUUUAACUAUUCAAUUAGAAAUAGUGAAGAAAUUGACAGCAGAAAAUUUACAGUUGUCCGAAAAAGAGCAGAACUCCACGCGAGAGCUAGAACGGUUACGUCAUCAUCUCGUAGAAACAGAAGAGAAUUAUACGCAAGAGUUGAUGACGUCAGAGCAGAAGCUUACCGAGUGUCAGACGAGAUUGCACCAGGUCGAGGAAAGAGCGAAACAGACAAGCACGGUGUAUACUAGUAACAGUAUUCGAGCGAACCAAGAAGUGGAAACGCUAAGAAAUCAAAUAAAACUAUUGGAGAAGCAACGUGAGGACGGUCAAGCGCGACUCGGUGAAGCUGAGGACGCUAGGAGUAGAAGUGAAGCCGCACUAACUAAUCUACAAGUUGUUCUAGAACAAUUUCAGUUGGAUAAAGAACGCGACAUACACGCGGCCACAGAGAAAAUAAGAAACAAAAUGGAAGACAUAAAACGUCAAAAUUUAGGUUUACAAGAUGAAAUUGCAAGGCUAAAAGGCAAAUUAGAAGAAUCUAUAGCUGGCUUACAAGCUGCGACGAGAUUAGGUGAUCAAGUUGAAACAAAAACUGCACAAAUCAAUGAUUUGAAGGAACAAGUACGUACCUUACAAACGUCCGUAGCUGCCGCGGAAGAGAGGUACUACAACGCGAUAUCGAACCAGCAGGAUAGAGUUGACAAGAAUCUCGUGAAAAACCUGGUGGUUAACUAUGUAUUGACGGCCGGACAGAGCAGUACUAAUAGAACGCAAAUCCUACGCAUUCUAUCUACAGUAUUAGAUUUCAACCAGAAAGAGUGUGAAAAGCUAGGUCUAGCUCGAUCAACUAAUACAACUGAUAGUUUAGCGGCCGAGUUUGUUAAGUUUUUACAAACCGAGUCCACCCCGCGACCGGCUUUACCGGAUAUGAUGGGGUUGAGGGCGGGGUCGAGAAAGAGUUCUACUGUUGGCCCCCAUCCAACAUUAGACCCUGGCCACCGACGCAACCCGUCCACGGGUUCCAACAACUUGCUAUUCCAAAAUCUGGAUUCCAUGGAAACAGCGUCACAAAAGUCCACAGAAUCAGAAUCCAGAAUUAUUCCAAUUAAUACAUUGGAAACUGGUAUAAAUCAGACGAGAAACAACGAAGGCGCCAUCUUGAAACACGUUUUGAAAGAUAUGUAGAGAAAACGUGUCAGAAGUGAAACUUCUUUGGCAAGUAAAUACCAAAAUCGUCGGCGUCCAUGACGUGACGGUAUUGCCAUGACGCGACCUUGAAAUUUUACUCUCAACGCGCCUAAAGAAGUUUCACUUCAAAAACGGAUUUAAAUCCCGAUUCAUUUCAGUCACAUAUCAAUCUGAUGAUAUCUAUCGUUUAAAUUUCCUUAAUUUUAUACUUAGGAAAUAAAUCGGGGUUUAAAUCCGGUUUAACAUGUAGCCUAUAUGUUAACAUUUGUAAUAUAUUAAAUAUGUUUUUGUCAAUAGAGUUUAUUUUAUCGCAUGAGGGUAGAUACAUGAAAGUGAAACUACUUGUAAAAGAAGCUUUAAUGGAAUGAAAAUAAGGUUGAAUUUUCAAUAGCGUGCUUUACUUAAUCUAAAUAUUCAUCUACGCGAAUCUAAUUUACUAUUUUUUCGCUAUGAAUCUGUUAUUUUUUAUAUUUUAAAGUUUUUAAUAAAAAUUGUUCCUUCAAAACGGAAUUUACAAUUUAAAAAGUACCCUAUUUUUAGUUUUCGUAAAGUACUCUAUUUCGUUUAGAAUGGUAAUAAACUCAAGAUUAAUUCUGUUUUAUUAAACGUCG